ACGUUUGUUGUUGUUAACUGUGUUAACACUUUUGCCUGUUGCUGCAGUUCAGAAAUGCCUUAACAUUUUUCCGUAUCUAAACAGCCUGAGCAAUUCAUAACACAAGGGAGGUUAGAGUCUGCAACGUGGUUUUGAAUGAGAUGUUCUGUCCUCUCUGUUUUAUUAUCAGAGGUUCCACGAAGAUUCUGCUGCAACUGUGCUUGGUGCCAAAUGUUCAACUAAAGAAUGGAGUUAAACCGUUGUUACUGUUGUGUUAAGUGAAUACUGGCUUCACUUUUGUGUAAUGUUGAAACAUUGAAAGCUGGGUGUAAUUUUCCAAACCAAAUUGAUGAAUGACAAAAAACUUGCAAGUGGUUUCCUGUGAAAACGUGGAAUGGUUCCCGAACGCGCCACUUAUUUAGAAAUGUAAUGCGCCAUGUUUGUUUGUUUUCUCUGAUUCGUUGUGUGCCCGCACUUGUUGAUCAAUUGAAAGCGAGGCAAUAAGUCUUUGCUGCAGUUUCAAAACAGUUGUGUAACUGUUUAAUCUCAGGGUAUAAUUGCAUUAGUCUUAAUCUGGUGUGAAUGGCCUGGGCAGUUAAUUCAGAUGGCGACGAAUGACCACUGCGCCGUGGGUGCGGUCCAAGUGACGUCAUCCGGGGGCGCGGUCUCCUGCCAGCGACGUGGAGCGGCACGUGCGCAAGUUUCCGGAAACUACAUUAUCGAUCAAAUUUGUGUUGCCAACGCGUCGAAAAAGACGAGUUAUUAAUAUGCAAAUGUGCUUUCAAAUAGCAGUUGAAAUGUCACCGACAUCAAAGUCGAGGUAAGUUCAACAAGCAACACCGAAGUUCAGUCAGUCAAUCAACGGCCAAACAAAAGAUGUAAACAUCCGUUAUUCAUCUUUUGACGCUCGACGUCAUUUAAUCCCAUUAAUCAAACAGAGAUGAGUCCUGAUGCAAUCAGAUACCCGGAGCUGUUCCGCGAUAAUAAGCAGCUGUAACGUGAACGACUUGAGAAACUCGGUGGCUGUGGAGCGGGAGGCGGUAGCUGCAGAAAUCCACACGCAGUAAACUCCUUGUAAAAGAGAUUAGAGGCCACAUGUCUUCGCAGCAGCAGCAGACCUGUCCUGCUUUGUAAACCUCUACACUUCCAGUUCUGGAGCAGGAGGAUCAGCUCCUUGUGUGCACUUGUUAGGAGGACCUGUGGUAUUCUGCAGAGCUCAGGGCUGCAGACAAGAUGCCGGGAGAUGGAUUCACGAUCACCAGUCGAAUUCGGAAUUUACUGCGAUCGCCAUCGAUCAAACAGAAGAAAAACAAGAGGGAGCAGCUCACCAGCAAGGUGACCUUGGAGAAGGUCUUGGGCAUCACUGCUGCAGGAAACAGUGGCUUUGCCUGUGACCCGAAAUCUGGACUUGUGGCAUAUCCUGCAGGGUGUGUUGUGGUGUUGCUCAACCCCAAAAAGAACACACAGCAUCACCUCAUUAACACUUCAAGAAAGACCAUCACAGCGCUCUCCUUCUCGCCUGAUGGUAAACACUUGGCCACCGGAGAGAGUGGCCACCUUCCAGCUGUGCGACUGUGGGACGUGUCGGAGCGGAGGCAGGUGGCAGAGCUCCAGAAGCACAAAUAUGGCAUCUCCUGCGUGGCCUUUUCCCCCAACAGCAAGUACAUUGUCAGCGUUGGAAACCAGCACGACAUGUUGGUCAACGUUUGGGCGUGGAAGAAAGAUAUUGUUGUGGCAGCCAACAAAGUGUCCAGUAAGGUGACGGGCGUGUCGUUCUCUGAGGACAGCUCUUACUUUGUGACUGUCGGGAACAGACACGUCAAGUUCUGGUAUCUGGAUCACUGCAAGGCCAACAAGGCCAGUGACCCGGUGCCUCUGCUGGGCCGCUCUGGGCUUUUAGGAGAACUCAGGAACAACUUCUUCUGCGAUGUCGCGUGUGGACGAGGAUCCAAAUCCGACUCCACCUUUUGCAUCACGUCUUCUGGCUUGUUGUGUGAGCUCAACAGCAAGAGGAUGUUGGACAAGUGGGUGGACUUGAGGACGGGUGUGGCCCAGGCACUGUCUCUUUCCGAGGACAUGAUUUUCUGUGGCUGUGCUGAUGGAACCGUUCGAGCAUUUAGCCCCGCUGACCUCUGCUUUAUCUCUACACUGCCGCGGCCACACAAGCUUGGCUCUGACGUCUCCUCCGUGACAAAGGCCAGCCUCCUUCACUCUACCAACUCGGACGACCGUUACCCAGACUGCAUUGCUGUCACCUACGACAAUGUCAGCCACCGGCUCAGCUGUGUGUACAACGACCACAGUGUGUAUGUGUGGGAUGUGAGAGACGUCCACAGAGUGGGGAAGGUGCACUCGGCCCGCUUCCAUGCUGCUUGUGUCUGGGACCUGGAGAUGUUUCCAGAUGUUCCAGGUCAGCCAGCAGCCUCACUGUCCGCAGGCUCAUUUAUUAGCUGCUCAGCUGAUAACACCAUCAGAGUAUGGAACAUGGAGGGCUGGAGCCCAGUACAUAUUCCACCUCGGAACGUUUUAAGCUGUGAUCUCCAGAAUAUUAUCUACAUCGACGACAGCACAAGUCACUUAAAGGAUGCGGACAACGUGACCGCUGUGAAUGUGGAAAAACCCGGAGAAGUUCAGACUGCAGAGAGCAGAACCGGCAUCCGGACCAUCUGUGUCAGUCCAGACGGCAAACACCUGGCAUCUGGCGACCGCAAUGGGAUGCUCAGAGUUCACGACCUUGCAACCAUAAAGGAGAUUCUUAAGGUGGAUGCCCAUGAUGCUGAAAUCCUCAGUCUGGAGUAUAGUAAACCGGAGACAGGUCUGAAGCUGCUGGCCACAGCGAGCAGGGACCGUCUCAUUCAUGUGUUGGACGCAGAGGACGACUACAGUCUGGUUCAGACCCUCGACGAACACUCUUCCUCCAUAACAGCCGUCCGCUUUGCUGCCAACGACAACAAGGUCAGAAUGAUCAGCUGCGGGGCGGACAAGAGCAUCUAUUUCCGGACAGCACACAAGACUGACAGAGGAACGGAGUUCCGGCGCUCGCACCACAUGGUGAGGAAGAGCACUCUGUACGACAUGGACGUAGAUCCCACCUGCAGGUAUGCUGCCGUCGGCUGCCAGGACCGUCGCGUCAGGAUUUUCAACAUCAGCAGCGGCAAACAGAAGAAACUUUACAAAGGUUCUUUGAGUGAGGAUGGCAGUCUGCUCAGAGUCCAGAUCGAUCCGUCAGGCCAAUAUGUGGCUACAAGCUGCUCGGAUAAAAACAUCAGCAUCUUUGACUUCUACACCGGAGAGUGCGUUGCUUCCAUGUUUGGCCACUCGGAGAUCGUCACUGGCAUGAAGUUUACCAACGACUGCAAGCACCUGUUAUCAGCGUCAGGUGACAGCUGCAUCUUUGUGUGGAGACUGGCUCCAGAACUGACGAUCAACAUGAGAGGCCGGCUCCGACAAAACCCCAACUCACCGCUGAGCAGCACCCCCACACUCAGCUCCCGGCGAGAGGUGUUCAGCGCACCCGCUCUGGUCAGGCUGUCCUCUGACAGUGAGCUGGAGCACGAAGAGGUGGACAGUGGGGAAAAUGACCUGGAAGACACACACUCUGUCAACAACUCUUCUGACAGUAGCCAAGGAGAGGAGGACACAGGUUGCUCAGACGAAGGACACGAGUGGGAGCUUCCUAAACAUAAAACCGUAACACCUGAGACCACCAGACGUCCCCGGAGGCAGUGGUCUCAUCGUAUUGGCUCCAUGGAGCUGGUGGUGAAAUCUAUGUUGGACCUGAGGCAGCUGGAAACCUUUGCUCACGAGAAGCAGCCUCCCCGUGACAGAGAAACACUCAGCACAUUUAACCUCCAGGAGGCAGAACAGCAGCAGCAGCAGCAGGAGGAGGAGGAGGGAGAGAAGAAGCAUCGGCCCUGGCAGCACUCGAGCUGGACUUCCCAGAUGAAGGACAGCAGGGGAGAUGAUGGAAUUGUGCUCUCCCCAGAGGGACUGAAGGAUGAUGCAGGACUGCUGAGCAGCGAGUAUGUGGUGAAAGAGCUUGACUGCAGGAGACGAGGGAUCUUCAGCGAGAGUCAGGAUGGGCGCAGCCCGGACAGCGCCUGCUCUCUGGGCUUUGACAGCAGAGCGUGCAGCCCUGACAGUAACCUCAACGAUUCCGCUGAUGUGGAGUUCCUCAGCCAAGACAGCUCUGAUGAAGAGCUGAAAGGACAAGUGACCAGCCUGGAUGAAGCUCUGAGGGCUGUGACUGGUGGAGAUGAACAGCACCACCAAGAUUUCCUGAAGCAGAAUUUCGAAACGCUGGCGGACGGCUGCGCCAAUACAGAGCAGAGCAGAGUCCCCCGGCUCAGCAUGUCUUCACGCUUCCUGGCCAGAGGACAUAAUAACAGAGGGGCACCUCUGUUUACAAAGAUGCCGGUCAGAGAACUCGGCAGCCAUUCUGCCAAACCUCCAGUGUCUAAAGUUCGGCCCAUGAUGGACGCCGCCCAGAAGAGAAGCACUGAAGACAGGACGCCGGUGCUGCCAUGGGCAAUCGAUGGACCAAAAGUGGACGCCGUCUCCCCGAAAAGAGAAGUAGCUCCCGUCAUGAGGCUGCAGAAGAAGAGGACCGCUGCAAGUCACCUGUGGAGGUUGUCCAAUCCCCCGCCAAAUGCACCACUGCAGCAUGAUCGGGCUUCCAACCUGCAGAAGUCGCACUCGGCACAGAACCUGGUGUCUGAUGUUCUGCAAGUGCAUCUGCCCUCAGCCGGUCACAGAGAGUAUUGCAAGAGACCUCAGCACCUCUUUUUGGACUGUUACACUCCCAAACCUUCAUUCCACUUCUCCUCUCCCUCCACAGGCUCCCCACAGUCCCCUCGCUCCCCCAAGCCCUGGGAAAGCCCCAAACUGAAGCCCCCACAGUCCUACAUGAACCCCACAGCCAGCUCCAUCGCCAAAAGCAGCCGCUCCUCCUCCCUGAGUGACGGGCUCCAGAUCGGAACCCCGCCUUCCUCCUCGUUCUUCUUCAAGAGCAGGAAGUCGUCGGGCGAAUUUGAGCCGGAGCCUCCUUCACUCAGCUCCUCACCUGUUGCUGCCUUCCCCUCCCGCCUGCCGUCACCUCUGACCUCAAAAAUCCCCUCCUCUCCUCAACCCACCGCCAAAGUUGUACCGAACACCAGCGCGGCUUUCACCCUGAGCCAGCCGUCUCGCAUCCCCUUACGCAAGCAGCCGCUCGGCCCUCGCCGCAGCCUGUGUGCGGACAUCAGACUGGGGUCUGGGGAACCAGAUCUAGCGUGUGACGCCUCGCCCGUCACAGCAGGCAAACAAGCCCUCGGACGGAUCCAGUCGCUGAACUUUGAACCCUGUGCAAAUUUGUUGCCAGUAAGGCAGAAGAGAGAUUCUCUUUCCGAGAGUCUCGUGGAUCCGGUGGAUCGGUCUGUGACUGAAAAGUGUCGCACGCCACCUGCGCUCUCAAAAGCCUCCAAUUCAGAGCUCCAAACCAGUGAUCUACCUGUCACCCCUGCAGCUGCUCUUCAUCACUCACCUGCAGCUGAUUGUUCCAUCAGCAUGGAGGUUUGUCAGCGGGCGGCCAGUGAACUGCAGAGCAGCCUGAGGAGAACCAUCAGUCUCUACAUGCAGAUUAAUGACAGAAGCCAUGAGUCCAGUGAGGACCAGCAGGAGAUGAAGAGCAUCUUAUAUCAAGCUUUGCGUUCAGUCAAGACCCAGCUGGACUCUCUACCUGGCUCCGCCCUCCCACAGGAAGGGGUUAAAGGUGAAGGAGAGAAGACGAUGGCGCUACUGGAGCAGUACGCCGAGCUGCUGCUGAAGUCAGUGGAGAGAAGGCUGGACACCAAGAUCUAAACCCAGCCGCUGAUAUUCCGCUCACACACUGGACGCUUUGCACUUAAGAUCUAUAGAUCUAUAGCCAUGUUCACUGAAUUGCCUUAAUGUUUACUCAAGGGGAGGGUGUGGGACCACUGAUGGACGAACACUUGAGACUGUUGAAAAUGAUCCGGGAAUCCAAGCCUGGUGCUAAUGAUAAAAGGUUCACAAAGGUUAACUACUACUCUACACUGCACCAUUUAUUUCCCACCAGAAGGCAGUUAUACAUUACAGACACAUCAUUGUACAUAUCUGAAACACUCUCACAGAAAGGUUUGCCUCAGUCUUUAUUUUACGUUUCCGUGCUGCUGCUGGCUCUUAAAAACCCUUCAAAUUUGGAGGCUUGGGCUCAUGUGCUUCCUCCAUUCUCCCACAGUGGGGCAGCAACAUCAUGGGCAGCAGCUUGUGGAACUAAGAUCCUGACACUAAAAG